CCCCCGCCCUCUGGGCUCCUGCUCCCGGGAGCCCCACAAACCCCGCUCCGCCCGCGCCCCGCACAGCACCCAGGCUCCCGGCCCGGUCCGCCCCGCUGCCCCUCCCCGGGGCCAUGGGGGCACCCCCGGGCUACCGACCCUCUGCCUGGGUGCAUCUCCUCCACCAGCUGCCCCGCGCCGACUUCCAGCUCCGCCCGGUGCCCAGCGGCUUUGCUCCCCGCGACCAAGAGUACCAGCAGGCCCUGCUGCUGGUGGCAGCCUUGGCUGGGCUGGGUUUGGGCCUGAGCCUCAUCUUCAUCGCUGUCUACCUCAUCCGAUUCUGCUGCUGCCGCCCCCCAGAACCCCCUGGGGCCAAGAGCCCCCCACCCGGAGGAGGCUGUGUCAUCUGGAGCUGUAUCGCUGCCCUUCUCGUGGGCUGUGCCGGCAUUGGCAUUGGUUUCUAUGGCAACAGCGAGACCAGCGAUGGGGUGUCCCAGCUCAGCUCAGCAUUGCUGCACGCCAACCACACGCUCAGCACCAUUGAUGACAUGGUGUUGGAAACAGUGGAGAGGCUAAGUGAGGCUGUGAGGACCGAACUGACCACCCUGGAGGAAGUGCUGUCAGAACGGAUGGAGCUGGUGGCUGCCACCCGUGGAGCCCGGAGGCAGGCCGAGGCUGCAGCCCAGCACCUGCAAGGACUGGCCUUCUGGCAAGGCGUGUCCCUGAGCCCAGUGCAGGUGGCUGAAGAUGUGACUUUUGUGGAGGAAUACAGGUGGCUGGCCUAUGUCCUCCUGCUGCUCCUGGUGCUUCUGGUUUGCCUCUUCACCCUCCUAGGCCUGGCGAAGCAGAGCAAAUGGCUGGUGGUUGUGAUGACCGCCAUGAGUCUCCUGGUGCUUGUCCUGAGCUGGGGUUCCAUGGGCCUAGAGGCUGCCAUAGCCGUGGGCCUCAGUGACUUCUGCUCCAACCCAGACACCUACGUGCUAAACCUGACCCAAGAGGAGACUGGGCUCAGCUCAGACAUCCUCAACUAUUAUUUCCUGUGCAGCCAGGAGGUCUCCAACCCCUUCCAACAGAGGCUGACACUGUCGCAGCGAGCACUAGCCAGCAUUCACUCUCAGCUGCAGGGCCUGGAGCGGGAAGCUGUCCCUCAGUUUCCUGCUGCACAGACGCCCUUGUUAUCCUUGGAGGAGACACUGAAUGUGACGGAGGGAAGCUUUCACCAGUUGGUGGCGCUGCUGCACUGCCGCAGUCUGCACAAGGACUAUGGCUCGGCACUCCGAGGCCUGUGUGAAGAUGCCCUGGAAGGCCUGUUGUUCCUGAUGCUCUUCUCUCUCCUGUCUGCGGGGGCCCUGGCCACCACCCUUUGCAGCCUGCCCCGUGCCUGGGCCCUCUUCCCGCCCAGUGAUGACUACGAUGACACGGAUGAUGACGACCCUUUCAACCCUCAGGAAUCCAAGCGCUUUGUGCAGUGGCAGUCUUCCAUCUGAGCCUCCCUUCCAGCUCAGAGCGGCCUC